AUGCUAGGCAUCUGGAAGUCUCCAGUUCAGGCCUUGGUUCUUGGAGUGACCCUUUCGGUUUGCAUGCGUUUGGCCUCCGCAAUUAAAGUUCAAGUGAUUCCGAAUAACCCCAUGGUGGGACAACCUGUCACCUUAAAAGUCUCUGACGUUUCUGGAAGAAUGCGAUUUGCUACUUGGUAUAGAGGCAAAAGCACAGAUGCUGCCGACCAAAUCCUGAACUAUUUCCCCUCAAGAAGAGUUUAAGGGGCCAAAGUACAUUAAUGGCGCUCAUGGACAACCCGACGGCUCAUUAUUGAUCGUCAAUGUCAGAAAAGAAUUUACUGGUGAUUAUACAGUACAGAUCCAAACCACAGAUUCCCUACAACAGUACUCUGCAUACCUCGCGGUGAACGGUGCCAUCUCUAUUGCUCUGUCUCCACUCGCACCCCUACUAGGCAUGCUGCUCUUUUCUGAUCUCAUUUUCUAUGA